AGCUCACGAGAAAAUACUCAGAAUGCUUUAAUUAAAUAUCAUGGGUAAUGAUAUUUGUAAGCAUGUCAAGGCUGUUAUACAGCCAUAUUUUCAAAUAUACUGUACUUUAACAAGCAAAUUUACUGUACUGUGCUACAGCAACUGUCCAGUCACGCACACGUGAUAAAAAGCCGAUAUAAACAAAAGAUAAUGUAAAACGUAACAGAACGGCGAACAUGCAGAUUCAGCCAUCUCAAAUAAUGGUAAUGUUGGGAUAGUAGCGUUCCAAACUGCAGAGGAGAGUGGGCAGUAAGGCUCCCUCAUGCACCACCCCAUGGAAAACCUGCACCCUCCUUGCAGAUGAGACUAUAGAUCCGCCCCUAUGUUAAUAUAGAGCUUGUAAUGUCCCUCUAUUCCUUGUUUGAAUGUCUCUUCUAUUUUUAGGGCAUGAUUGCAAAACCGCAAAAACAAAAUUAGACGAAGGCAAGCUAAGUCGUGAAGAAUACUGCGAGAUUAUCGUGAAGAGAGUUUGUGGUGCUGUAUGUUCCAUCCCUGGCUUUGCAGUUGGAUUCGUUCUUGGCGGAAUGAUUUUGCCAGUGCUGGGAGCAUUUCUCGGGGGAGCUCUGGGUGGUUUCCUGGGGAAAGAAGCUGGGGGCAAACUUGGAGAGAUACUUACACCAAUGUUUAUCGAACAUUUGAGUGACGAAGAGAAGAAUGAGGGAGAAAUAAUCAGAGCUGACUCGUUCACUGGUGAAUGUAAUGGAGAAUGAUAAAUACGAUGUGGAAGCUCGGAGCUUUGGGUCAUACAUGCUUCUUAGCAUAGACAGUCCAAAAUGCGUGUAUAUACAAUAUAUGAAAUGUCAAUCAUUAAAUAAACUCGCCGGUAGGUUUGUAAAUUGUAAUUUAUAUCAAAAGUCGCAGCUUGUAAAUUGGGAGAGUUUAUGGUGGCGUGUAGAACAUGUAAAUAUAUCUUUAAAGGGAAAUGGCAAUAUAUAUAUUUUUUAUUUUCUCGUAUGAAAGAAUUUUUAAGACUAUAUAUAAUGCUCUUUUACCGUUUUUUCAUAUCUUGCUUACUUCUACAAAUAUUUUGAUCGAAAGGAAUGAAAUGUCCGCCAUCUUCAAUUUUUGUAGAUAUGCAUGUCACGUCACAACAGGGGUCACGCGAUAUUUUUAUCUAAACAACCGCUAAUCAUUUUGCACUCAAAACUAUACUCUGU